CCCUUCUCUCUCUCCCCUCUCUCGCUGCUCAUUGGAGAUCAAUCUGCUUUCACGUCUCCUCUCUCUCUCCGCGUGCUUCCUCCGAGGGUCUCCUCCUCCACCGCCGUCUCGCUUCCCGGCACGCGCGCGCGGGCGGCGGCGAGCUCCCUCUCCUUCGCCACUCCUCCAACCCCUGUGCGGCUACUCCGGUGCGGAGCCGGCGAGCGAGCAUGUUCUAAGUGGCUCUCUUCCUUAAAUCUCUCUACAAGAGGCAAUUGAAUUGAAGACAGCAGGCUUUCAUAAAAGGCAUGGCUCAUGAUGAAGCUGUUGCUACACAAAAGAUUGGGAAAACAACCUCCCCUCCUAAGGAUCAACCAACUCCAUGUCCAUUUCCUGAUUGGUCCGCUGUUCAGGCAUAUUAUGGCCCUGGUGUCUUACCACCGACAUAUUUUGCCCCAGCAAUAGCUUCAGGCCAUGCUCCUCCACCAUAUAUGUGGGGUCCUCAGCCUAUAAUGCCACCCCCUUUUGGGACCCCGUAUGCUGCAAUGUACCCACACGGUGGAGCUUAUCCACACCCUCUUAUGCCCAUGAUGGCAAAUCCAUUGAGCAUGGAACCAGCCAAGUCUGCAAGCAGUAAGGAAAAAGGCUCCAACAAGAAACUUAAGGAAGUUGAUGGGGCUGCAGUAUCCACUGGGAGUGGUGACAGUAAAAAAACAAUGACGUCUAGUGGGGAUUACAGUGCAGAAGGCUCUAGUGAUGUAAAUGAUCUAAAGGUGGGCAAGACUGGCAGGAAACGGAGAUUGGAUGAUGGAGCUGGUGCUGAAACAUCAGCAGCUGCAAAGAUGGAAAAUGCUUUACCUCCCAGCCAUAUAUUGGGAAGUACUGCGAUUUUGCCAAAUCACAGCUUUCCAGCUCAAGUAAUUAGGCCCAGUGCUACUAAUGUUGCUAAUUCGAGGGCAUUGGGCACACCAAUAUCUCCACCGCCUGGUGUGAUUGUUCCAAGUCAUACAGGAGUAUCAACAGAAUUACUGAUCAAGGAUGAAAGGGAAUUAAAGCGUGAAAAGAGGAAACAAUCAAAUAGGGAAUCCGCCAGACGAUCAAGGCUGAGAAAGCAGGCUGAAACGGAGGAUCUGGCUACACAAGUAGAAUCACUUACAGCAGAGAACACGUCACUUAGAUCUGAAAUCAGUAGGCUAUCAGAAAGCUCCGAGAAGCUCAGGCUGGAGAAUUCGGCUCUAAUGGGGAAGCUUAAGGAUCCUGCAGCAUCGACCCAGGCAGAAACAUCUCUGCAGAAAACCACCACAGCCUCCUCUCCUCGCGUCGUGGAGAACUUUUUGUCAAUGAUCGACAACACGAACAAGACGAGUGUCAGACACACAGAGCAUGCUGAACCCAAGCUUCGACAACUCCUCGGCUCCGGCCCGGCCACUGAUGUUGUUGCUGCAAGCUAAUCUGCCAUUUUCCCUGUCACAGAGGAGAGACUACGCGCAUGCGGCCUGGGGAUUUUGCAAGCUCACGCUACUACUCACAUAACAUUCGGCAGUACAGUGUUAGGUGUCAAUUUGGUCAGUAUAUUCAGGUGACCAUCUACUACUCAAAAUACCGUUUCCAAUUGCUGUUCCCUGCUCAGGCAUGGAAGCUUGCUAGGUGAGACCAAUGUACCACGUUUUAGCAGUGUUGUAACAUAGGGGUGUUGUGCUGCAUGCCAACCUCAAACCUUGUGAGAUCGCUAAACACUUUUUAGAAUUGAAAUUUGUGGAGACCAAACUAAAUGAAAUGUAACCUACCCUUUUUACUUGGGUAUAUGGGCCCAUAUUCUUUACAUGGCUUGGAACUGUAACUUUGUAAGAUGUUUUUAGUCAAACUUCUUUAAAAUUUAUAUUUAUAACACUAAA